ACAAUUUGCGCGAAAUGGUUAAAGUUUAUUCGUGAUCAGCUGGCUCUUCGUCCAUUCCGUUCGCCAAGACCACGUACCUUUAAAUCUGCAGGAUCGGUGGCGUGUCGAUCGAAAUCUGCUCCACGCAGUCGAUUCCCAAGUUAUGUCAGUUGGUUCGUUGGAAAACUCAGACGCCGAUGUCGUACUCUGUCACCGACAACAUCACAACCCGGUACCGUGCAAAUGACAACCGAGGCCUCAGUUUCAGCUGGACAAUCUAGUCGUGAUCAUCAUCUCCGUCGUGGUAAUCUAUCUCCCCAGUCAAGCUCACGUCCGAUGGGAAUUCUUAGAAAGUCUGGAACAAAGAGAGGAAGAAAAUCGAUUGACAAAUCACGCAAACCAACUUUUGUGGAUGGAGAACAAAUCCCGGAAGAUGAGAAGUCAGAAACCCCUGUGAAUGAGGAUAAUCUUGGGGAAUCCCAGCACUCGGUUAGACUGACUGAUCGUUUAAGUGACCUAUCCAGUAUUCAAACCGAGAUGUAUCGAUUUGUACAGGAACAAUACGUGGCACAACAGCGCAAAAUUCCCCCCUCGAUCACGAUGCGUUCUCCGCGGUCUUCCACUGUCAUGGAACAUAGCCCCAGAAAACAACAACAAGACGGCCUCGUAUACGGCGGUGUAAACGGCACGGGAGCAUGUGCUGCGAUUACCACACGUUUAUCACACUAUCGUUUUUUAACCUACGACCUGAAUCAACCGAAAGAACCGAGCACAUUCGAGAAUGGAAGCGGUGAUCGUUCAGAAUGUUUGCUUCGACAAAGGCAUGGGGCUCGACCGCGUGUGGGAGAUGUGCUGAUAUUUCUCAAUGGUCAUCUUGCAUACAUCGGUUCUACUCUGAGUGGGUAUCCGGGAGAGUGUCUGACCGAAAGGGAUUUAGAAAAACGUGUUCUGGAGUGCCAGUAUGCCGUAUUCAAUCGGGGCUUUAACCUGCCGACAGAUUUCCAAUUCCCUUAG